AUGGAUGAGUUUGCUGCUUUUACGAAUGAUUCUGUUGCCUUUGUUGAAAAUUCUAGUGGCUCUGUUGCUUUUGCUGAAGGUUCUAUAUCCUUUGCAAAAGAUUCUAAUACUAUAUUUGCUGAAGGUUCAGUUGCUUUUGAGGAUGAUUCUGAUACCAGAGGUUCCGUUGUUCUUAUCAGAGAAUCUGAUACUUCUAGAAAAGAAAUUGAAAAUGAAAUACAAAUUAAUGUUAGUGAUACUUUUUCUUCAUGGGAUGAACGUAUUGAGCUUGAUAAUGAUGGAAUAGUUCAACAUCAUAUAUUUGAAUGCAGUUUUUCUAGUAAACCAAUUUCUAAUCAGUCAUCAUCAGAAAUAAGAGUUAAUAACAUCAUUGGACAACAUAAUUAUUUUAUGAUACCUGACACAUAUUUAUAUGCUUCUAAAUCUUUAUUAUAUCGUGCUAAAAUUGUUUUGAAAGAAGUAAUCGAUAUUGCAAAGGAUAACGAUCAACACAACUAUAGCAAUGGAUUCCUCAAAGAUCAAUUAGAUAGACCGCAAACAUCCAUUUUUUUUCUAUUGGAAAGAAUUCAGUUAUCUGAUAUCAUAGAAAUUUGGGAACUUACUGGUCUUACUAAAUCAUAUAAGCAUUAUGUUAUUUUACUGAUAGAUAGUGAUCAUUUAUACAUGUGUUUGACUAUAAUUAAUCAUGAACUUCUUAAAGCAUUAGAUAUAUUUAUAGCUGAUGUUAAACAACGCAUACAAAGAAAAGAAAAAUAUACAUAUAGGUUUGGAAAGAUAAAAAAAGCUCUUAAUUUGACGCUAGAUUUAGGUUGUAAAACUGAAUUUAUUAAUAUGAUUAAUGUAUUAGAAAAUGCACACUAUAGCACUAAAAUUAGUGCUCUUAAUUCUCCUGAUCCUAAUUUACAAUCUUCAUCAAGAAUUUCUUUACACACCUAUGAUGUUAGCAAUCAUAGAUAA